GAGAGCAGAGGCACCAUGCAUGGAAUCCAGAGGCCUCAGCUGCUCCUGCCGCUGCUGGCUGUGUUCUUGGGGGUCCAGGGCCGAAAUCAGGAGGAACGCCUGCUCGCUGACCUGAUGCGCAACUAUGAUCCUCUCCUGAGGCCGGCGGAGCGAGACUCCGACGUGGUCAAUGUCAGCCUGAAGCUAACCCUCACCAACCUCAUCUCCCUGAAUGAGCGAGAGGAGGCGCUCACCACCAACGUCUGGAUUGAGAUGCAGUGGUGUGACUAUCGCCUCCGCUGGGACCCUGGGGAAUACGGAGGCCUGUGGGUGCUGCGGGUGCCAUCCACCAUGGUGUGGCGCCCAGAUAUCGUGCUGGAGAACAAUGUGGACGGCGUCUUCGAAGUGGCCCUCUACUGCAACCUGCUUGUGUCUCCUGAUGGCUGUAUCUACUGGCUGCCACCUGCCAUCUUCCGCUCGUCCUGCUCUGUCUCUGUCACCUACUUCCCCUUCGACUGGCAGAACUGCUCCCUCGUUUUCCAGUCCCAGACCUACAGUACCAGUGAGAUUAACCUGCAACUGAGCCAGGAAGACGGGCAGACCAUCGAGUGGAUUUUCAUUGAUCCCGAGGCCUUCACAGAAAACGGGGAGUGGGCCAUCCAGCACCGGCCAGCCAAGAUGCUGCUGGACACAGAGGCUCCGGCCGAAGAGGCGGGCCACCAGAAGGUGGUGUUCUACCUCCUCAUCCAGCGCAAGCCCCUCUUCUACGUCAUCAACAUCAUCGCCCCCUGUGUGCUUAUCUCUUCCGUUGCCAUUCUCAUCUACUUCCUUCCUGCCAAGGCCGGUGGCCAGAAGUGUACAGUAGCCAUCAACGUGCUCCUGGCCCAGACUGUCUUCCUCUUUCUCGUGGCCAAGAAGGUGCCUGAGACCUCCCAGGCCGUUCCACUCAUCAGCAAAUACCUGACCUUCCUGAUGGUGGUGACCAUCCUGAUCGUUGUGAACGCCGUGGUCGUGCUCAAUGUGUCCUUGAGGUCCCCACACACGCACUCCAUGGCCCGAGGCGUUCGCAAGGUGUUCCUGCGGCUCCUGCCGCAGCUGCUGCGCAUGCAUGUCCGCCCACUGGCCCCAGCGGCUGUCCAGGACAUCCGGCCCCAGCUCCAGAACGGCUUCUCCUCAGGCUGGACCAUGCCAACGGGGGAGGAGGGGGGCCUCUGCCUGCCCCGCAGCGAGCUCCUCUUCCGGCAGCGGCGACGCGAUGGGCUGGUGCGAGCUGCUCUGGAGAAGCUGGAAAAAGGGCCAGAGACCGGGCAGAGUCAGUUCUGUGGCAGCCUGAAACAAGCUGCCCCCGCCAUCCAGGCCUGUGUGGAUGCCUGCAACCUCAUGGCCCGUGCCCAACACCAGCAGAAUCACUUUGACAGUGGAAACGAGGAGUGGUUCCUAGUGGGCCGUGUGCUGGACCGGGUCUGCUUCCUGGCUAUGCUCUCCCUCUUCAUCUGUGGGACCGCUGGCAUCUUCCUCAUGGCCCACUACAACAGGGUGCCAGCCCUGCCAUUCCCUGGAGACCCCCGCCCCUACCUGCCCUCACCAAACUGA